AUGGCGUCAUGUUCUCUUCGCAAUCUGUGCUCUCGACAAACAACACCAGCAUCCGCAAUAGUGCCGAAGUUUGGACCUAGAACCACGGCAUUGGAAGUUAUCAAAGGACUCAAUGCUAAACUUGAUGGAAAGGUAGUGCUGAUUACGGGCGCCACCUCUGGACUUGGUAUUGAAACAGCUCGUGCAAUGGCAAGUACUAAUGCUCAUGUAUUCAUUACGGCUCGUGAUAUGAGAAAGGGAGCACAAGUCGUCGAAGAUAUCAAGAAAACAACAGGUAACGACAAAGUCGAAGUGAUGGAACUCGAUUUGACUUCACUGAAAUCAGUACGAGAUUUCGUCACUCGUUUUCGACAACGACGACUUCCUAUCAAUAUUCUGAUCUGCAACGCGGGCAUCAUGGCAUGUCCAUAUUCGAAAACCGUGGACGGUUUCGAAUCCCAAUUCGGUGUUAAUCAUCUUGCACAUUUUCAUCUUACAAAUCUUCUCUUGCCUGAGCUUCGAGCAGGAAAACCAGCACGUGUAAUUGUAGUCAGUUCCAUUGCAAAUAAAUCUGGUGGCAUCAAUUUCGAUGAUAUUAAUUGGGAAAAACAAUAUGAUAAAUGGGCAGCUUAUGCUCAAAGCAAAUCGGCAAAUAUUCUGUUCGCAAAACAAUUCAAUAAAUUAUAUGCAAGAGAUGGAAUUCAAGCAUUUUCUCUACAUCCGGGCAUUAUUAUGACAAAUUUGCAACGACAUACACCGACAGAAGAGUUGCAAGCAUUUGGAGUCCUUAAAGAAGAUGGUAGUAUCAAUGAUAUUUGCAAAACAAUCGAACAAGGAGCUGCAACGAGUGUCUAUACGGCUUUGGCACCUGAGCUGAAUAAUCAUGGUGGUGAAUAUUUGGAAGAUUGUGCCAUUAGCCGUGGUAUCAACGUUGGAGAUGGUUUUUGGGGUAUGGGACCACAUGUCGUCGAUAUGAACAAUGCCGAGCGUCUCUGGAGAAUCAGUGAACAACUCGUAACAUCGAAAUAA